UUGUCGCGAGUUUCGGCAAAUCAUGGAUCCACAGUGGCUUGCUUUUGAUGCUUUUUGUUGCUGCACGCGGAUCGUCACGGAGAGGCUACAGAGAAAGCUGUAUAAAUGCGUGAUGCGGGGAGGUCCAAAGGUGAAUGCAGGGAGGUUGAUGAACUAUUCGCAGCGGUGGAUGUGAAAUGAUUGUACAGUGAACUUGCGAGGAGCAUGUUUCACGACUAGCAGGGCGGUAGUGUCAGGGUCAUUGCCGCAUUCUGUUGCAGACAGGUCGGGUGUGUGAGAGAUUGAGCUUAGGGGCUUUUUUUUUUUUUUUUUUUUUUUUUUGGUUGAUUUUUUUUAAUUAAAAAGCUAUAUCGCAUUAGCGAGCUUCUUCAGUUUCUAAUUCGCGGCUCUCGGAAGUUCGGAUUUGUGAUGGAGUGCACCGGAAUGAAGUGUGGUGCUAUGGUCUCGUAUUGUUAAUUGAUAACCGAGAGCGCCGCUAGAAUGAAGUUGUGCUCUUAUUGUUUUGUGGUUGAAGAGACCAUGAGCGCAGUGAACUACGAAAUUCCAUGUUACGUCUUUGAAUGAGGCUUACGCUCUCAUCGCGCCUACUUUCUGCUAAGGAGUGGAUCAUAGUGCAGCCACAGCCCCUUCGUAUUGCUGGAUUGGUCGUCAAGACCUUAUUUGAGGCAGAAUAACAUAGAUAAAAUUGUCAUAAUUGUUUUUUUUAAAGCUUGUGGCUCGAUUCGUUUACUGAUAAGUUGGUACGCGUGGUUAAGGGUUAGCUAAGUUCUAAGAUAGGACUUUUGUUUUUUGGUUUUCAAUUCCUAACUCUAUUUUCUCUCAGGAUUCCAAUCUUAGGAUUUGACGAAAGCUGUCCAUGUAUUGGAGAUUGACUUUUUAAAUAAUCUGCUAUCCAUCAUUGGGGGACAGUGCUGAUAAUGUUUCAAAAGCAAACAAGAUGAGUUCAAUCAAAUUUAUGUGAUACCACUUUAGAUUAGUUUCAAUACUUGUGCGUGCCGAGACGAGGACUCCAAUUUCACAGGUAUGUUUCUCAAACCAAAAAUUAGCACUUGCAUGUGAGGGGAAGCAUACACCUCAAUAUGUGGACCUUAUGAGGUGGGCAGUUAUGAGUUCGUUCUUGUAAUUAUUUGAAGGAUUCAAUUUGUGAAAACAUUUUGCGAGUAAUGUUAGUGCAAAUCAAUUUUUCUAAUUAGUCCCUUCUCUCUCAUUUACGCUUUUCAGCCUCUCCACCUUUUACUUCGAUGACUUUGCAUAUCAUUUGGCUAAGGUCGUCCUUAGGAUACGUCGUCACGCUGCAUUGACUUAACUACAUAUUAAUUCUUGAUGUAAGAUUACUACAAGUCUGACUCAUUGAAAGUGGAGGCACGAACAAACAGCAUGGCUGAUCUUGAAAGCUCUGAUAGCACGCCAAAAGGUACAGGUGAUGUUGAUUCACGAGUCUCGCGACCAAGCUUGGACUCUGUAAGUGCUGUGGAUGUGAAGCAGACAAGGACUAGUGCCAAUCUUGGUAGAGCACCUUCAAACGGUGAAAGAGGGCAAUCAACCGUUUAUGAUAAUUCAGGUCCUACUAUCCGGAGGCAAAAAUCUCACAGUUCAGCUCGAAUUCAACCAUUGGCAUCCACAAGGAUGACAGAUUAUCAAGGUAUUGACAUUGGUGGCGUGUCAUUCGAUCCUCGGGACCUGCUGGAGGAGGGCUUGGGUGAAUGGCAAGAUCGUGCCAGGAGUCUAUUAACCCUGAAGAGAUCUUCAAGCAUUGCAUCAGCGAGAGCUAGUUACCGAGGACUUGGUCAAACACCUUCCCUCAGAUUCGAAAGACAGCAGUCAGCCAGACCUUCUCAUGACAGUUACGGAGAAACUGAAGAAUCAACCCAAGGAGCAGUCCGGUACAGCACAGGCGAUGAACGUGAUGGAGAUCGUUUUCAAUUUUCAGAGCCAUCUGAUGAUGGCACGUAUGGAGGUCAUGAGAGAUUAGGUCUAGCAACUCCUGGGUUUGAAACUCCACCUGGGAGCAAUUUCCUUGGAGCUGGUCUGCAGCAUGAAUCCCGCGCGAGUGAUGGAGAAGGAAAUUCUCAGAAUCUGUCCCGAGAUUUCUAUGCGAAUUUGGCAGAUGCUCCUCAGGCAUCUCUUAUACAUUUAGUGAGCUUAUAUCAUCAGACCCUGGUGAGACAUGGACUUGUGGAAGAGGCUCUGAGCAUCUCAAGUGUGCUCGCUGGCCUUCAAAAUCAAGAGGAAUCCACAGAGAGAGAGCUGGAAUUAAAGGGCAUAGACUUGUUGUUAAAAGAAGGAUUAUUGAAGUAUCUUUUAUCGAUUCAUCCACAUUUACCUCCACUACCUCGUCAGGUUGUGAAGUUUCAAGGCUUGACGUACUCGGAGAAAGUUAAGAUUGAGAAGGGCUAUGAAACGAUGUUUACCAAGAUCAAAAGCUUGCUUGGAGGUCCCUUUACUAGACUUCCUGUAGAGAAUAUGACGUUGCUUAAGGAUGUGACUGGAUAUCUUAUGCCCGGUACCCUUACACUUGUCGUAGGGCCUCCAGGGUCAGGAAAGCGCACCUUCCUUAAUAUUAUUGGAGGUCGCUCAACGAAUCCAGGUGGCUCGCUUAAAGGCACAGUAACCUACAAUGGGAUUGAUGUUCAUAAUACACAAUGUCGCCGCCUUGCUGCUGUUGUUCCUUCGGUGGAUGUUCACCUACCUUCUCUUACUGUUCGAGAGACCCUUGAGUUUGCACGGGAUUGCACUGCCUCCUUCAAGACUAAACAUUACAGUGAGGAACUCAAAGUGAUUAUGGGUGAAGCUCUCAAGCACGGACAAGACCCUAAGCUGGAGAUGAAUUUAAGCAUCUUAAGUUUAAAACGAGUUGCUGAUCGACCUGUUGGAAGUCCAAUGAUGCCCUCUCUGACGGCGUCAGAACAACAUCAUCUGACAACUGCUGAGAUGAUUGCUGGGAUUUAUCCUGUCUAUGUUUUUGAUCAGUUGAACGCUGGUGGAGUUUCGGAAGGUAUGACCUUCGACUUGGUUUCAAGUGUUCGCAUCUUUACAAGAGUACGUCAAUGUUCUGUAUUAGCGUCUACUCUACAACCAUCCCAGGAGAUUUUUGACCUUUUCGAUCGAAUUAUUCUUCUGGAUGGCGGUCAAGUCAUGUUCCAAGGACCGCGUCAGGACGCUCUACCUUACUUUGAGAGUCUUGGGUAUCUCAAGCCUAAGCAUCUUAGUACGAGCGAAUUUUUAUCGGAUGUCACUACUCCAGAGGGUGUUCGUUAUCUACAGCCUGGAUUUACACGCUUGAACCGUGAAGACUUUGUGGCCAGCUUCCUCUUAUCUCCAACAUUCAGGGACAUUCGACGAGUUGUUCACAGUGGUGAUUCGGUUCAGGAGCAUUGGGUACAGGGUCACAAGCCUUUGGGACUUGGAUUUACUGAAAGGCGGUCAAACAAUACCAGUGGCUCAACGACAGCCAUCUCUACUCUGGUGGCAGGAGUAAUUGAGAAAGGGGGAAGUCUUGCAGAGAUUACAAUGGAUCACACGUCCAGUGUGGCUCCUGGAGAUGAAGUUGUUGCCGUUGGGGGCGCGGGGGGAUUGCUCAAGUACUUCAAGUCUAACGAUCGUAGAGCUAACAGCUCUUUAGAAGGGGGUCUCGCUGAGGCUAUUGAUGAGGUUGCAGAGCCAGUUCGGUUGCAGCUCGAGAGACCUUUGGAUCUUGCGAAGGAGGCAAAGAAUUGUCCCUAUCAAUUUCAGAAUGAGUACCUCUUAAAUUUUGUACCAGAAGUCAAUCUUCUUCUUAAAAGGGAGAUGAAAGUAUUAAUGCGUAACAGAAUCGGGCUUCGACUACGGGUGGGACAGGUUCUGAUCAUGAGUAUAUACACUGGAGUCGUUUUUUUCCGAGUACAAGAUGAUCCUAACCAACUCGUGAUGAAUUUGAAGAGAAGUGUUUUUUUCAUCUCCUUAUUGAAUAUCACUCUCAUUAACUUAGGACAGCUUCCAGCACUGAUGGAAGAGCGGGCAAUUUACUACAAACAACAAGGAGCGCGUUUCUUUCGCCCCCAGUCUUUCCUUUUUUCAAAAAUACUUGGGGCUCUGCCUAUUUCUAUGCUAGAGGCAACCUUGUGGACACUCGUAGUAUACUUCAUGACUGAUCUGUCUGUCAAAGACGGAGGUUGGCACUUUUGGGUGUACUAUGUGAUUUUAAGUUUGACUGCUAUCAACGGAGCUUCCUUGGUUCGUUUUAUGGCAUAUUUUGCUCCUGAUCGUGAUGCUGCAAACGCCAUUAUUGGUAUCCUCGUAGCAUUAUUCAUUGUUUUUGCUGGAUUCUUGGUUCCUCGUUUCUUAGUUCCUAAAUACUGGCUCUGGGCAUACUACAUCGACCCGCUACAAUGGGCCACCUUGGCCUUAGUCCUCAAUGAAUAUAACUCAAAAAGUUAUAGCUUGUUGUGUAAUGAAGUACCGAAUCUUGCAAAUAUUCCCCAAUGCAUUGGUAGACCAACAGAUACAGUAGGUCAUGCCUAUUUAGCUCGGGGACAAUUCUACACAAGCAAUAGUUGGAUAGCUGUUGCUGUUGCUGUACUACUAGGGUGGAUUGUGCUAUGGAAUAUCGGAGCUUAUUUCGCCAUGGCUAAAAAGCGGCAUCUUUCGCAAGCCCUUUCACCAUACAUGGAGAAGAGACUCUCUUGGAGGGAACAACAUCAAGUCAAAACUAGAGACGAGGAGUGGGGACAAGGAGAGUCUAAGCUUUGUCUUGAGUCUAUUCCCAUCACAUUAUCCUGGCACGAGUUAAGUUAUGAAAUCAUGAUUCCUGCCAUUGGUCGAACUCAAACCGUCCUCAACUACGUUUCCGGUUGGGGAAAGCCUGGAGAGAUGGUUGCACUAGCAGGAGGAUCUGGUGCUGGUAAAACAACGUUAUUAAAUUGCCUGGCAGGCCGAAAGAUAUCUCCUGCACGCCUUGGAGGUCAAAUUUUGGUGAAUGGGUAUACAAGAGUUCGGAAGACUUUUGCGCAUGUGGAGGGUUAUGUAGAAGAUAUCAUGGCAUAUGCUCCAUAUAUGACUGUCCGAGAAGGAAUAGAGUUCAGUGCCGCCAUGCGACUGAGCAAAAAAGUACAAGCUAAAGAACGGAAAUUGUUAACCGACGAGGUGAUGAAACUAAUGAAGAUCGACCACAUUUCGAACAUGAUACUUACGUUAGCGGGCAACGAGGAGGUUUCCAAAGAGCAGGCUGUGAGACUCGCAAUUGCUAUUGAACUCGCUGGAAAUCCAAGUGUUCUAUUUCUAGAUGGACCUACAAGUGGACUUGACAGCCAUGCUUCACGUCAUAUUAUUGAGUGCCUCAAGACAAUUGCGGACACUGGAAGGCUAGUGAUUGUAAGCAUACAACUGCUGAAUCCGUGGCAGUUAUCAGUCUUCAACAGCAUCCAACUUUUGAAAAGAGGUGGCGAAACUGUAUAUUUUGGCUCACCCGGAGCAAAUGGAGAGUCGCUUCUUAAAUACUUUGAGGCCAUUCCAGGCACUCCACGAUGCUCACUAAAUAAGAGCCCUAUUACUUAUGCCAUUGAUGUAAUCGGUGAUCGAGCUGCCGAUCACAAGACUCCAAGGGAUUAUGCUUUCGAAUAUCGAGUAAGUGAAUUAGCCCUUCGUAAUCAUAUUCAGCUGCAAAUCCUUCGCCGAUCCAAAGGUGACAACGGGCCUGAAUUGCUGGAAUCUGGUUAUCGUGCCCCUUAUUUGGUGAUGGCCUGGGAAAUCAUGCUGAAGAUACAGCGAAUGUACUGGCGCAACACGAGCUAUAACUUUGGGAGAAUGACGGGCGCUCUGGCAUUGGCCCUUAUUUUGGGUACAAUUUAUUUUAACAUCAAUCCUCAUACAACAGUCAACAUGAACGUGAAGAGUCAAAGUCUCUUUAUUUUGUGUAUAUUGUUGGGCAUCAGCAAUGCACAGAACGUCAUACCUCAGAUAUUGAGGAUGACAGUCACGGUGGAAAGAGAACAGUUGACAAAUCAGUUCAAUGUUCUAAUGUAUAAUGCGGGAUGGACUUUGGGGGAGGUACCAUAUUUGGCAGUGUCAACUAUGAUUGUCUGUUUCGUAUUUUGCCUCAUGGCUCAAAUCGCAGUAGAUUCAGCCGCUCACUUCUUUCGAUUUUACUUCGUGCUCUUUGAAUUCUGCCUGGCCAUCACGUUCUUGGGGAUAUUUAUAUGUGUUAUUAGUCCAAUACCGCAGGUCGCUGCCACUCUCGUUCCCAUAGUCAUUGGUUUUUGGACUGCAACGGCAGGCUCUGUGGUUCCAAAAAUGAUGAUCCUAAAGACUGUUAUCUGGAUAUUCUGGACAAACCCGCUCCAGUGGGCGCUCAAUGCCCUCACCAGCAUCGCUUUUUUCUGUGACACCAACAAACCAGCCUGCUUGGAUUCAGGUCGCAACUUGGCAUGCCUGAAUGACCCAACUGCCUGUCCACAAUGCGACUGCAAGCGCUUAGACGACGCUCGCAAUGCCUUCCUCUGGACCACUCUCAAGGUCAACCGAACCCUGGACCACAGUCGCGUCCCGAUUGAUAUGCUAGUUCUUUUCCUGUACUGUGUUUUCUUUCGGGUGGCGACGGCAUUGGCAAUAUCCUACUUCCAACGGAAACGGCUCCAAAUGGCCAACAAAGCACACCAUUGACGAAGGCUUGAUUUGUAAUCAGGUUCACAUGGUAGCGUUGCAACCUUGAUAGACGUAUAUGUGCCUCGGUGUUCAGCUUAUUUAAUAUUCGACAUCGUUAGUCUGCCAUCGAGAUGAUAAGCGGUAUUAUAUAUUAGCUUACUUAGAGAAGAAUUGAGGUUAGAGAAUGACUUCUUACUCCUGAAGACCUUUUGACAUGUACCAUAAUCACAAUCUAGGCAAAUCGGCUUUGCUAUGUUUACUUGAACCCAGUACAGGUGGUAGUGCACGGAAUAAAACCUGUUCCUACUUGAUUAUA